ACACAGCUCCAGGAUCCGUUUCCCCCUCUGCCCCAACACGUCAGUUCAAUUCCUUGGGCAUUUUGUGUGGGGCUGGGACCCCUGGCUCGCUGCAUGGCAUCUCCUGGGACACACUGAAUCCUUAAGGUCCCUGCCCCGGGUGUCCCCAUGGCGAUGCGUUGGCGACUCUGUGUGUGCAGCCUGGGGAUCCUCCUCCUGGCGCCGUGUUCUCUCUCUGAGAAGUUCUCUCUGGCUGGCUCCCCACACCCCGUGGUGGGGGUAGUUGGCCGGGAUGUGGUGUUACCCUGCCAGCUCUCGCCCCCGGCCCGGCUGCCCAGCAUGGAAGUGCUGUGGAGGAAAACUGGAUCAGGCUUUAUCCCGGUUCACAAGUACUCGGAUGAGGGUUCCCAGGACCUGCCAGGGGAGGGUUACCAGACCCGGACAGAGCUGUUCCCGCAGGAAUUCAGCAGUGGGAACGUCUCCUUGAAGCUGAAACGGCUCCAAGUGGCGGAUGAUGGGAAAUACCAGUGUCUUGUGAGGAACCCAGAAUGGACCCAGGAAGCCACCAUUGAGCUACGGGUUGCAGCAGUGGCUCCAGUGUUCAUUGACGUACUGGGCCCCCGUGAUCAGGGGAUCGGGCUGGCCUGUAGAACCGCAGGCUGGUUCCCCAAACCCAAACUCCAGUGGGUUGGAAAGAACUGGCAGAACCUGGCAAUGGAGAGUGUGACCGACAUGACUCAGGACAGGGAGAAUCUGUAUAGUGUUGUGAGUCACGUCACUGUCACAGAAGGGGAAGAGAAUGGAGACAUCAGCUGCAUAGUGUGGAAUGGCCUGCUGGAGACUGAGCAGAGAUCUGCCAUUCACCUCUCAGGUGACAUCUUCCCCCAGGUUUCUCCCUGGCUGGCUGCAUUCUGGAUAUUGUUCACUCUGGUUCUCAUUGCUGCUGGAGCUUGUGCAUAUCUUGGAUACACAGCGAAGCGAAAGGCCUCUCAGAAGAAACGCUCUAAAGAGGGUGCUCUGUUACUUCUUGAGACUGAGAAGAAGACCUGGGAAGCAGAGCGAGAUGAGCUGCAUAAGACAAUUGAAAACGUGAGGAAUGCCUUGGAAUCAGACAAAGCGGUCAGAGAACUAGAUUUCAGGAGGGCUCGGAGCUACAUGGUUCCCAUCACCCUGGAUCCAGAUUUCAAACACCCCGAGCUCACCAUUUCUAAGGAUGGCCGAAUAAUUCAACACGACCCUGCCUCCCUAGGGCUGGCUACCCCCCCUGGGGCCCUGGUUGCUGUGGGGAGGGAGGGGUUUGUGGCCAGGAAGGUUCAUGAUGGGGAGGGAGGGGCUUGCCGGGGGUACUGGGAGGUGGAGGUGGGGGACAGCCUGUACUGGGAGCUGGGGGUGCUGAGUAAGACUGUGAGGGGCAGAGUGAGACAGGAGAGGCUGGAGAGACUCCCUGAGGGGGGGUGCUCGGCUCUGGGGAGAUCUGGGGAGCGGUAUCACCCCAGCGAGGCCAAUACUGUGAUCCAUAACUUGGGUGUGACACCGACAGUGGUUGGGGUCUAUCUGGAUCUAGAAGGGGAGAGUCUCUCAUUUUAUAGUGUCAAUUCAAUGGCCCUUAUUCUGAAGAUUCCUGUAGAAGGUUCUGAGAGAUUGUUCCCAUUCCUCAGCCCUGGUCUCGCUGUGGGGAAGGACCAAGGGAAACCCCUCAGCAUCUGCCCCCGCAGCGACUGGGAUUUCCCCCAGAAAUUAGGAGUUAGUGGGUCUGUUAGACAGGGAGAUUCCAGAGCCCCUGCACAGACCUCUGCCCCGAAUGAUGGGAAGGAGGCAGAAAACAACACAGAACCACCUGUCACAGGAAAAACAGCCCCAUCGCCUGGACAGCACCCAGCCCCUGAAGACAAGGAUGUGAAAAAAAACAGGGCAAGGCCAUCUGUGGGAGAAUAUUUCCAAAAGCUCCUGCCCACGACAUGGAGGAUGGGGGAUAAAACAGAGCAGGUGCAUCAACAACUGGAAACACCUCCCAGACAGAAGGGGAAAAAGAACAGCCAAACACCCCAGGUCUGAAACCCACCUGCCGAACUCCUCCCAUGGGGCAAAGGGAAUCAUGAAAGAAAAACAUGAAGAACUUGACUCCAGAAGGGUCUAUGUAGCUGACUCUUCUCCCAGGCAUACAAGGGCCAGGAAAUACACUGGGGGAAUCAGACACAAAUGCUGACACCUGGGAAAGAACCUUGCUCUAAUGGGAAAGUGGGGAAAUGGCAACACGUCAGAUGUUUCCUCCCCAACCCAAACUCAAAAGAGAACCAUAGCAAUUCAUGAUAAUGCUUUAAACCAAUCCCUUGUUAAAUCAGAAUGUGCUAAUUGGUGGGAACUGCGUUAACAGGACUGUUAAAUGUAGGAAAUUCAAAACACACUGGUUGGUUGGGGGAUGCAGAGGGGAAAGGUCUCACAGUGGCACUGACUCACUCCCAUUGCAGACACACACACACACUGCUCUUGCCAGCUUCAGACCGUGCGAGUGGGUGACAGGAUCUGUGUAUCAGACUGGAUUGUGAUAGCUUCACACUGAGCUGCACCCUGAGGGCUGAACUCCGCCCCCUGCCCAAACCCAGAGUCCUCCUCUGGGCUCUAGCAGGGCUGGCUGGUCUCACUGGGAGCAGGGAUGAUGGACAAUGCUGCAGAAGCUUCUCAUGGAAUAAGGACGUGGGGAAGUUCAGACACAGCUGGAAAUUGUAGUGAGGGGGUGUGGUGCAGGAGGGGAACAGGCUGCCAGUCGCAGCAUUGCCAAGGCCCAUGAUAAAGCCCCAGCUCCUGGAGUCCUGGGAUUGUGGGAGAAUCUCAGCUUUGGUUUAAAACAAAUAAAAGUAAGUUUCUAGCCUGUG